CACAAACUGAAAAAGAGUAAAGAGCUGUUUCUGACUCAUGGUUGAAAAAACUUAACUUCUGCGACAAAGUCUAAGAACGAUUUCAAGCACAAAAAGCUUGGUUUGUUUUAUGUCCUUGAAAGCCCGUGUUGAAAUUUAAUGGACCAAGUAGAGUUGGCAGAACAAUUUCGCUUAUUUUUGUUCAACUCAAAUGUGAGACUUUAUACUAAAAAAACAAACAAACUACUACUAUCUUCUGAUUUCUGAUUAAAAACGCUUAGUGACUGAAGGAAGUUUUGAGCAUUCAUUGUACCAGAAAUAAAGCGUCUGGUGUUUUGUUUUUUUCAUUCAUGAACACUUUCUUACUGUAAAACUAUGGAAUGCCAUACGCAGAUCAACAAUGCUAAAAAUUGUUAUUACUGUGAACAGUGUUCAAGAGUAUUUGCUUAUGCUUCACAGUUAAAGAUACAUCUGAGAACCCAUACUGGCGAGAAGCCAUUUGCCUGUGAACAUUGCUCGAAGCAUUUUUCCAGGGCUUCAAGUUUAGAAACACAUCUGAGAACCCAUACUGGCGAGAAACCGUAUUCCUGUGAGCAGUGUUCAAAGGCAUUCUCCAACGCUUCAAAUUUAAAGCAACACUUGAGAACCCAUACUGGCGAGAAGCCAUUUGUCUGUGAACAUUGCUCGAAACAAUUUUCCAGGGCUUCAAAUUUAGAGACACAUCUGAGACACCAUACUGGCGAGAAGCCGUUUGCCUGUGAACAUUGCUCGAAGCAAUUUCUCACCCCUUCGCAUUUAAAGCAACACCUGAGAACCCAUACUGGCGAGAAGCCAUUUGCCUGUGAACAUUGCUCGAAGCAAUUUCCCACUCCUUCACAGUUAAAGCAACAUCUGAAAGCCCUUACUGGCGAGAAACCGUAUUCCUGUGAACAUUGCUCGAAGGCAUUCUCCAACGCUUCAGAUUUAAAGCUACACCUGAGAACCCAUACUGGCGAGAAGCCAUUUGCCUGUGAACAUUGCUCGAAGCAAUUUCCCACUCUUUCACAGUUAAAGCAACACCUGAGAACCCAUACUGGCGAGAAGCCAUUUGCCUGUGAACAUUGCUCGAAGCAAUUUUUCAGGGCUUCGAGUUUAGAGACACAUCUGAGAACCCAUACUGGCGAGAAACCGUAUUCCUGUGAGCAGUGUUCAAAAGCUUUCUCCAAGUUUUCGUGUUUUAAGGUACAUCUGAGGAUCCAUACUGGAGAGAAACCGUAUUCAUGUGAAGGUUGUUCAAGAGCAUUUUCCAGCGCUUCAGAUUUAAGGAGACAUCUGAGAACCCAUACAGGAGAGAAGCCGUAUUCCUGUAAACUUUGCUUAAAGGCAUUUUCAACCUUUUCAGAUUUAAAGAAGCAUCUGAGAACACAUACUGGCGAGAAACCGUAUUCAUGUGAACAUUGUUCAAAGGCAUUUUCCCUCCUUGGGAACCUAAAAUCGCAUCUGAGAACCCAUUCUGGCGAGAAACCGUAUUCAUGUGAGAAUUGUUCAAGGGCAUUUUCCCGCCUUGGAAACCUAAAAUCACACCUGAGAACCCAUUCUGGCGAGAAACCGUAUUCAAAACCGUAUUCAUGUGAACAUUGUUCAAAGAUAUUUCUCUAUCUUUUUAGCCUAAAAUUGCAUCUGAGAACCCAUUCUGGCGAGAAACUAUUCAUGUGAGCAUUGUUCAAAGACAUUUUCUCAGCUAGGAAACCUAAAAUCACACCUGAGAACCCAUUCUGGCGAGAAACCGUAUUCAUGUGAGCAUUGUUCAAAGGCAUUUUCCCGCCUUGGAAACCUAAAAUCACACCUGAAAACCCAUUCUGGCGAGAAACCGUAUUCAUGUGAACAUUGUUCAAAGGUAUUUCUCCACCUUUUCAGCCUA